ACACCAAAGUGACGCAGAGAAGCAAAGACUCAUUCUUUUUCGUUCCUUCUCUCUCUUCCUCUAUUCUCGUUCCUUGUUUGGUUCUUCCUUCUAUAAUCACAAACGUUCUUCUUCUUUUAACGUAACUGCUUCAGAUUCCCUCUACCUUCAGAUUCCAACAUACCCACAAGGACAAGAGAAAGUGGGUCUUAUUUUCUUCUCGCAAAGUUUCCUUCUUGGCUGCAAUUUCUUCGCUUUGUGUCCUCUGAGGCACAAGCACAAUCUCGUGCCUUUUUCUUUGCAAUAGAAAAUGGUGGCGGUGAGAAACAUUGUGCUGUCGUUGCUUUGCAUUACUGUUGUGGCUCCUAUUGUGCUCUACACUGAUCGCCUUGGCACAUUUGAAUCUUCCUCCAGCAAGCAAGAGUUUAUCGAAGAUGUCACUGCUUUUGCUUUUAGUGCAGCAGACUCUGGCCACUUGAAUCUGCUACCACAAGAAACUUCAACAGCUAUUAAAGAACCUAUUGGAAUUGUGUAUACCGAGGACGACUCAACUAACAGAAAGAAUUUGCCUCAAGACUUAUUGUUAGUGAAAUCAAGAGAGCAUGUGUCUGCCAGGGUAUUGUCAACCACAACUGAGGAAGAUCAAAAUAGAAAGGAGAACCCCAUCAAACUGGUGACUGAUGGCAGCAUCUUGGAGAAAUCUGUUGCAAUUGGCGAAAAUGUAAAUGGGGAAGAUGCUAUUGAUGUUGAAGACAGUGAGGGAAAGCUUACUAAAUCAAUGCAUGAUUCGCCUCAAAUUAAGGCUGCUGAGCAGGAGCAACAAGAAGCAACGGAAACUUCUAGCAAAAUAAACAAGAAAGGACCUGUAUUGUCUGAAACCAAUAAGCACAAUGACCAAAUGCCAUCUGAUGCUCGGGUAAAGCAACUUAAAGAUCAGCUUAUCCAAGCUAAGGUUUAUCUUUCCCUUCCAGUAGUAAAAAACAAUCCCCAUCUCACUCGGGAGCUUCGGUUACGGGUGAAAGAAGUUUCACGAACACUUGGGGAUUCAAGCAAAGAUUCUGAUUUGCCUAAGAAUUCAAAUGAGAGAAUGAAGGCAAUGGAGCAAACACUGAUGAAAGGAAAGCAAGCUCAGGAUGAUUGUGCUGCUGUUGUGAAGAAGCUUCGGGCUAUGCAUCACUCAACAGAGGAGCAGCUCCAUGUUCUCAAGAAGCAGACUGUGUUCUUAACACAGUUGACAGCAAAAACACUGCCCAAAGGUCUUCAUUGUCUACCAUUGCGCCUUACAACUGAGUAUUAUAACCUGAAUUCUUCUCAGCAACAGUUCCCCAAUCAAGAGAAGUUAGAAGACCCUCAUUUAUACCAUUAUGCCAUAUUUUCUGACAACAUAUUGGCAACAUCUGUUGUUGUGAACUCAACUGUUUCCAAUGCUAAGGAUGCCUCAAAACAUGUUUUCCACAUAGUUACUGACAGGCUCAAUUAUGCUGCAAUGAAGAUGUGGUUUUUGGUGAAUCCACCGGGCAAGGCAACCAUUCAAGUUCAAAACAUUGAAAACUUUACAUGGUUGAAUUCAAGUUACAGUCCUGUUCUUAGACAGUUGGGUUCUCCAUCUAUGAUAGAUUAUUACUUCAAGGCUCAUCAAGCAACUUCUGAUUCAAACCUGAAGUUUAGAAAUCCGAAGUAUUUAUCUAUCUUGAACCACCUCCGCUUCUACCUGCCUGAGAUCUUUCCAAAGCUCAACAAAGUGCUGUUCUUGGAUGAUGAUAUAGUUGUGCAGAAAGAUCUGACUGAUCUUUGGUCAAUUGAUUUGAAAGGCAACGUAAAUGGUGCUGUAGAAACUUGUGGAGAAAAUUUUCACCGAUUUGAUCGCUAUCUCAACUUCUCAAAUCCUCUUAUUGCAAAGAAUUUUGACCCACAUGCUUGUGGGUGGGCUUAUGGUAUGAAUAUAUUUGAUUUAGUGGAAUGGAAGAGGCAAAACAUCACAGAAGUAUACCACAAUUGGCAGAAUCUGAAUCAUAAUAGACAACUAUGGAAGUUAGGAACACUGCCACCCGGUCUCAUAACAUUCUGGAAGCGCACUUUCCCACUGAAUCGAUCUUGGCAUGUCCUGGGUCUUGGCUACAAUCCCAACGUCAAUCAAAAAGAUAUUGAGCAGUCUGCUGUUGUACACUACAAUGGGAACCUAAAGCCAUGGCUUGAGAUAAGUAUUCCCAAGUUUCGAAGUUAUUGGGUAAAGUAUGUUGACUACAAUCAUCUGUAUUUGCGAGAAUGCAACAUCAAUCAAUAGUGAGGUCUUUUCAGUAUGUAUGAUCAUUGAAGUUUUCCCAGCAUCAGCCAAGUUAUGGUGCACCUUUUAGAUCUGCAAUUCCAUCUGUGUAGGGCUUCUAUUUUUUUAAAGCUUUACAAUUCAAUUUGUAUACGAUUUCCUGCUUUAACAUCAGUAUUUUUUGGACUUGCAAUCCUUGAUCACAUACCUGCAGAGAUGCUAACUGUACCUUGUAAAUGAAAAAUGAAGAGGCUAGUUUUGUUCCGCUCCCUUGCCUCCUUUUUCAAAAUUCAUUGUAGAGUAAAGUAGUAUUUUUUUGCUAUAUGUACCAAUACUUUGUGCAAUUUAUCAAUUUUAACCCAUCAUUUAU